AUGGCACCAUCUCAAAUGGAAAACGACUUCGAAUACACUCACAAAAAAUUCAACUGCGGAUAUUCACACAAGAAAUUGGGUAUGCGUUUGAUACGCCGUGACAGUCAGGACGAAAUGGAAAUUGACGAACAGGAGCAACAACCACAAAGUCCAUCACAACAACCUCAAAGAACCACCUCGCCCAGUCUCUUCCGGCCCUAUGCCUUGGAUGAAGACACUGACUCACAAUCACCCAGGAAGCGAUCCUGCUCCGAUGAAGAAUAUUUACAAUUGGCCCAACAAUUCUCACAGCAACAAUCUCCCGACUGUUAUGCCUUGAAGCUGAAACGUCAACGGGCCGCUCUCUAUAUGAAAUAUGUUAUGCAAUAUUAUGAGAAUGGCAAUGGUUGGCCCUCGGUACAUCCCAAUGUUCUGCAACAACAACAAUUGCAUCAUUAA